AAAUCGCAACGCCCGGACUCUGACAGCUUCGGCUCGUAUUGGAGGGGACUAAAGGAGAACGACUAAAUCGCAAUCGAGGAAAGCGUAUAUCACCUUAGAAGUUGAAACAGACAUAUCCGGACAGCAUGAGUACAACGGGGCAAGAUGCGAAACUUUUCGCCAGGGGCAAAGUCGCAGAACUACGAUUAGAGCUUACCGCUGGCGGAAAGAAGGACAAAAACCAUGCUGGGAAGAAGAUAGCACUGAAGAAGAUUGUGGCCAACAUGACCAUGAGCAAUAACGACAUGGUGGCUCUGUUUCCCGACGUCAUUGUUUGCAUGCAGAUACCCAACCUCGAGAUAAAGAAGAUGUGUUUCCUCUACUUAGUCAACUAUGCGCGUAUAAAACCAGAUGUUGCGCUCAACGCUUUGCCAAUCCUCGUUCAGGAUAUGGAAGACAACAACCCUCUCGUGCGAGCGCUCGCAUUAAGGACCAUGUCCUAUAUACACGUAGCGCAGUUCAUUGAGAAAACAAUAGGACCACUCAAGAACCUAUUGCGGGAUACUGAUCCAUACGUGCGGAAAACUGCGGCCUUUACAGUCGCCAAACUUUACGAUCAUAAUAAGAACUUGGUGGAGAACUCAGAUCUCAUCGACCGAUUGAAUAGCAUGCUUAGAGAUGACAAUCCUUUUGUGGUCUCUAGUGCAUUGGCUGCGCUGAUGGAUAUUUGGGAAAGGAGCGAGUCCAUCAAGCUGACCAUUGACUAUGCCAGCGCAUCGAAGAUAGUACAGAUACUACCAGAGUGCUCAGAAUGGGGUCAAACGUACAUCUUGGAAGCCAUGAUGAAUUACGUCCCCCAGGACAAUCUAGAAGCCGCAUUACUGGCCGAGCGCAUCUCGCCCCGACUUUCACAUAGCAACUCGGCUGUCGUCCUGACCUGUAUACGAGUUGUACUCUACCUCAUGAACUAUAUUGCCGACGAGAAGAUAAUAUCAGCCUUGUGUAACAAGCUAUCGCCGCCACUUGUCACACUACUCUCCAAAGGACCCGAAAUCCAAUACCUCGCCCUCCGUAAUGCACUCCUGAUCCUUCAAAGAAGACCGGAUGUCCUGCGAAAUGAUAUUCGUGUUUUCUUCUGCAAAUAUAACGACCCAAUAUAUGUAAAGGUUACUAAGUUAGAACUAAUUUUUAUGCUCGCCAAUGAGCGUAACAUCAACGAAGUUCUCACAGAGCUCCGCGAGUACGCGACAGAAAUCGAUGUCGAUUUCGUACGGAAAUCUGUUCGCGCCAUAGGAAAGCUAGCUAUAAAGAUUGAGCCAGCCGCAAGGCUAUGUAUCAAUACGCUGCUUGACUUGGUCGCUACUAAAGUAUCAUACAUAGUACAAGAGGCGACCGUGGUAAUCCGCAACAUCUUCCGCAAAUAUCCAAAUCAGUACGAAUCGAUCAUCUCUACGCUCUGUGACAAUUUAGACUCGCUCGACGAACCUGAGGCCAAAGCGGCGAUGAUAUGGGUCAUCGGGGAGUAUGCGGACAGGAUUGAUAAUAGCGAUGUACUACUUGAUGACUUCUUGUUCACGUUCGCAGAUGAGACACAUGAAGUUCAGCUCGCGCUUCUCACAGCUACCGUGAAACUGUUCAUUCAAAGACCUACCAAGGGACAAGAGCUUGUACCGAAGGUCUUGAAGUGGGCGACUGAAGAGACAGAUAACCCAGAUCUCCGAGACCGAGGGUACAUGUAUUGGCGACUACUUUCAUCUGAUCCCAACACCGCUAAAAAGGUGGUCAUGGGCGAUAAGCCCGCUAUCACAGCAGAAGAGAGCGAAAAGCUCGAUCCGACCACAUUAGAAGAGAUGUGUCUCAACGUCGGUACGCUUGCGACAGUCUACCUUAAGCCAGUCCAACAGGUGUUCCGGUCUGCAAGACCUAGACGACUACAGGACUCUAAAGCACUACAGAAACAUCUUUUACCAAGCUACAUUGCCGCCCAACAAGCCGCAAAACAACGACCUUCAGAGAUAGACACGAAUUUCGCAAACUCAAACGGGAACAUUGCUGCGGCGGCUGAUGCUGCCGAUGCGUACUUCAAUGGUCCCGGUGGUGCGCAACUGGCCAAUAUGCACCUCAGUCCGGACUCGAUUGGUGGGUUCGGUGGUAGUCCUGUAAGCAUGUCGGGCGAUGCCGCGAUGCAAAACAUGUACAUUGUCACGCAAAAUCAACCACAACAGGUGACACAAACGCCGAGCAAUGGAGACCUGUUGUUGUUAUAAUAGGGAAAACUGGUACGAUAAGAUGACUAGACGAAUGGGGUGCGCCCAGAACUGGACUCUUUGUAUGCAGGUUUGGCGCCGGGAACGAUACCGAGAUGUAGCACCUACAGAUCUGAAGAAUCAAUUAUAAGGCGAAUUGACGAACAUGUUGGAC